CAAGUUAAUAGUUCAUUUCAUAUAUAUUUCUGGUUGACUUUGUACUGUGAAAAUUGUCAUGGUUAAAAUACUCAAUAUAUUUCCUGAGGAAACGAAAAGUUAUUUGCCUCGUAGAUCAGUCCAGGCUAAUCGCUUUAGAUCAUUUGAUUACCUCAAUCGGUUUACAUUCAAUCAGGGGAGACAUGAAGAGUCAUAUGGAAACAGAAUUGAUAUUAGAACAUUUUUUCCAUUGGUCAAACUGUUCAGUCAAUGUUCAACUCGACGAAAAAUUAUCUGGAAUAUUAUUCUAACUGGUUAUAUCAUCCAAUCAAUUACCGAUCAGAUUCAUACCUUCAAUAAGCUAUCAUUAUCUUCUAGCAUUAAUCGCUUUCGAUUGAUAAACUUUCUAGCUGAGAAUCUGGUUUUAUAUUAUAUUUUGCUCAGUCACCAAUGGACACUCAGAGAUUCAAAUAUUAUCAAGAUUAACAGGUUAUGGUCGAAAAUAAAAUUACCACCAUCUCAGUUCAAUCGAAAGUGUGUAUCCACCGAUAGAUUACAAAUGUUGAUUAUAUUUUCAGUUCAACUAAUCGUCUCAACAAUUAAUACAUCGAGAAAUUUCAAUCUAUUUGAUUCUCGUCAAUUCUCAUCGACCAUUUUUAUCAUUUAUAAAGUCGCUCAUUAUGCUUUUGGGGUUAUAAUGUAUCUUGGAUUCCAAUUCAGUCUACUGCUUGAUAUAACAUCAUUAUUAACAAUAUCCUUUAAUUAUGUUCAUCAUUUGAUUAAAGUUUCCCAAAAACCAAUAUCGCUAUUACAGAUACAAGAAAUUCAUUCCAUUUAUAAUGAUAUCAUACACUUGACGAAAUAUAUUGCUGAAGUUUUAAGAGUUUUCAUCACAUUGGUUCAUCUUUUAUUUAUUUUUCGUUUAUCUUUCAUUUGCUAUUCAAUCGCCACCAAUGAAUACAAUUUUGAUUCGAGUAUUUUGAAAAAGUUCCUCUACUUUUUAGGAUUGGUUCAAAUAUUGUUUACAACAUUCAGAAUGAUGAAGGUAAACAUCGCUGCUUAUUCUUGUUUUAACGAUUUAUACCAAUUAACUUUGUCAACUGAUUGUGUUGAAGUUGAUUAUGAGCUGUCCAUGUUUAUCUACAGAGUCUCUAAGAAUGACAUCGGAUUUCAAUUUGCUAAAUCAACUUUGAUUGGACCCAAUUUCUUCUCAUCCCUUUCAACAGUACUAAUAAUUAUCUUUCUGGCUGAGAUUUGGUUCGUCCAAGAAGAUUAAACAGUGUAACACCACAAUCAUGUCAAACCGA